UGAGGGAAAUGGUGCAGGCGUUAGUGAGACAGCUCACACGCACAGUGGUAUAUUGAAGGCCCCCAUCUAGCAGACUGCUUUCUCUGGACAGCAAACACGGACAUGGCGGAUUACGAUACCUACGAUGACCGGGCUUACGGUAGCUUUGGUGGCGGAAGAGGACCCCGAGGUGCAGGCGGCCCAGGCGGACCCCGCAAGCAGAAGGAGCUCCCCACAGAGCCUCCAUACACAGCGUACGUCGGCAACCUGCCUUUCAACACAGUACAAGGAGACAUAGACGCCAUCUUCAGAGACCUCAGCGUGAGGAGCGUGCGACUAGUCAGAGACAAAGAGACCGACAAGUUUAAAGGUUUCUGUUAUGUCGAGUUUGAUGACUUGGAAUCUCUGAAAGAGGCUUUGACGUAUGAUGGAGCUCUGCUUGGAGAUCGGUCACUGAGGGUGGACAUUGCCGAGGGCCGGAGACAAGAGCGAGGAGGUGGAUUUGGCUUCCGAAAAGACGACAGAGGCCGCGGUGGGCCCAGAGGAGGGGGACGAGGGGGACGAGACUCCAGAGACGACUUCGACCAUUCAGGAGGAGGAUUUAGAGAUGAUGACUUCAUGGGUGGGAGGAGUCGCGGAGGCAGUCGUCCUGGCGACAGACGGGGUGGCGGCGGCGGUGGAAUGGGCCGCUACAGAGAUGGACCUCCACGUGGAGGCCCGACAGACUUCAGAGAACCCUCUGAUGAGGAAAGAGCACAGAGACCAAGGCUACAGUUGAAGCCUCGCACAGUCUCCGAACCCCUGAACCAAGUGGCCAACCCAAAUUCGGCCAUCUUUGGGGGUGCCAAACCCAGGGAGGAGAAUUGAUAUAGCUGUGUGGCUGCAUUAUUCCGGAAGGCUAGACUGGAUCUACAGGCUUUGGCCAGCAAAAAAAUCUUUCAAGGUGCCAGGCUUCCCCCAAUUGGCUAAAGAGAAGAUGAUUGAAAAUGGGCACGGCAUGGGUUAACACCCACCCGUGACUAUCUGCUAUAAAUGAACUUCCUACACACCUAAGCGAGACUCACCUAAGCGAGGACAGUGGCUUCAGUUUCAUUCUGUUGCCUUUGGGUAAGGAUCUUACAGUAUGUGAUUUUUGUCUCCUUUUCCCAAGGCAUUGUCAUGUUAAAUCGAUUUGAAUUGCCAGAAAACAGGAAUAACUGCUACCCGACUGUGUCUUGUGUAUUGCUUCCUAACUUGCUGCUCAGUUGUUUUGAAAUAACCGUUUUAGUUUCCACUGUCUUAACCAUUAAACAGCUUAAGUGUUAGGAGAAUCGAAAUACUUCUUUGUUUCAUACAUUUAUUCAACAUUUUUGAAAGACUUUUUUUGACCAUGUCUGUAUAAUCCAUGAGAAAUGCUUUCUGUGAUAAAGAUACAGCCACACUAUGAGUAGAAGAGUGAAAUGAAAGCAUGGUAGAUUAUGAACAUGGAUAUCAGCUACAGUGUCAGUCAGGCUCUUUAACUUCCACAGCAUGUAUUUCAUCAAAAAGGAAAAAAAAAGGAAAAAAAAAGCUGUGGAUCUCUAACACGUCAGUAAUGCUGCCUUCACAUAGGAACUAUAAGAACAAACAUCAUACACACACACACACACAGAACACACACACUUUCCAGUCAAGUGACAUCAGCCACUCGUCUUGUCUACGAUUAGAUCAAGUGUAGAAUUCUCUUUGGGUAUCCAUGUGUUGCAACCAUUUUAUUUUACAUUUUACUGGACAUGAGAUGAAAGUCGUAGAGCAUUUUCUUACUGUACUAUAAAAAAAAAAAAAAGGAAUUGGCUGUUUUUAUUCUUUUGUUUUUCUUUUCAUUUUCCUACACUGUUUAUGGCAAUAAAAUGUAUCAUCUUAAAAAUGUUUCAAAUGAAUAUGAUGACUGAAUGCCGCAUUUUCAGCACUUGAGCUGAGGUUCAUGUUCAACAAGGCACAAAUAAGUACAACUAACUAGGAACAUUUUCUAUAAAGCUGGACUGGGACAUCUGGUGGUUUAGGAGAGUGUUCACCCAAUUCAUGACUCCAGCAUACUCUGUCUUUUAGCUGUUUAGGUACACAGGUAAAAUAUGCAGUUGUAAUUUUUAAUAAAGCAGAGUAGUUGGAGGCUCAGUGUCGGUAUAUUUGUGCAAGUAGACAUCGAUCCUCCUGCUUCACUGAUAUCAAAACAAAAUCCACAUUUUAACCGAAUAAUGAAUACUUCUUUGGUAAGCAUUAGACAAGGCAUCUACCCCACAAGUAGAAUUUAUCUGAACUAGUAUCCUUUAAGGUUUGCACUGCAUUUUGUUGCCCUUAUAUUACAGCAAUAUCUGUUUCUUAGAUCUCAUUGAUUAAAAGGUAUUGAAUCA